AUGAAAGGGAAAGGAAAAGCGGCCAAGUGGGCAAAGACGAAAAAAGAAAGUGAUGAGGAGUCUGAUGAAGAUGUUGGAGACAUUUUCACUGAUGAAAUCAGCGAGUUCACUGAUGCCAGAAAUAAAACUGACUUAGAUGUUUACAAGAAAGCCAGUGACGAUGACGAAGAAGAAGAAAUUUUCGGCUUGGUGGAUGAAGAUGAUGAAAGUGAUGAGGAAAUCGGGGAGUGGACUAAACGAUUGAAGCAGGUGAAAUUUCAGGCAAAACUUGACAAGAAGAAAGAUGUUUCGGAUGCCCCAGAAAAGUCUUGGGGUAACAAGAGGACUGCCUUCUAUGGAUCUGGAGUGAGGCGAAAGCCGAAACAAGCAUCAAGUGACGAAGAUGACGAGUGGACUAUGGAGGAGAAAGAAAUUGAGAAGCUGCAGCAAAAGUUGGAUGAAGACAUUGAUGAGGAGGACUUUCUCCUGCCAUCACUUAUUCAGAAACCAAAAGCAGCAGAGCAAAGUGAGCUGACAGUCAGGAGAGACUUGAAUGAUCAAGAGAAGGAAGAGAUGAAUAAACAGCUGCAUCCAGAGGCUGAGCCACUGAGACUGGAACUCAACAAAUGUAUGGAAGAACUUGAAAAACUAAUAGGCAAGAAAGGUUGGAAGAUUGAGAGCAGGGACACAUGUUUUCGGCUACUGGCAGCGAAUAUUGCCUUCUAUCUGCAUCUGAUUGAGAACAACGAAGAUUGCCGUGGACACCCUGUCUUGAAAAGAAUCAUUCAGUGGAAGAAAUUGGCAAAGAUGUAUGAAGCAGUGCCCCUUGAAGAAUAUGAGACUGAAGAUGAAGGUAGUGACAUAGAGAAUGGGGAAACACAUUCUUCAAAAAUUGGGACCAAGAAGAGAGAGAAGUCGAUGGAUAAAAGCGAAACAAAACGUGCAAGGGUGGCUGUUGAAUCUAGUGAUGAUGAGCUUGGAGAUAUCAACGAUGAAGAAGAAAAGGACGGGGAGUUGGAAAGCAGACCAGUUACAUACGAGAUCGAGAAGAACAAGCCAAAAGUAAAAACAGUACCAAAUAAUCCACGUGUGAAAAACAGAGAGAAGUUCAGAAAGGCAAAGAUCCGUAGGAGAGGCAAGAUUCGAGAGUAUCGGCCAGCAGUAAACAAGUACCAAGGAGAAGCUUCAGGCAUCCGUGCAGGCGUUGUACGCAGCGUUCGCCUGCAGUAG